AUGGACGCACAACUGGAAUGGGCUAGCAGCCUCGUCCCAAAAAGACAGCUACAUCAACAACAGGAUCAACAACAGCAGGAUUUCCACAAGGAGCAGCUGAUGACCGUGGGUAUGCGGAUCAGACAGCGGGUCGACCAGGGUUACGCCUCGAGGACGCCGGGCACGUCGCAGGCGUCGCUACAGCCGGGUGUCAUCAGGGACUAUUCAAGUGUUAUAGUUCCGCAAUUUACACGGUCGCCCUUGCCCACAGCAAACUCGCUGCCACCGAUGCUCAUCAACCAAAGAACCAUGUCGACGGAGGCGUCCUCGCUCGAGAAGUGGGAUGUCGCAGAGUCCACCACUGAGCACGAAACAAUGGUUAACGGGUCGAAGAGAAGGCUCUGA